CCAUAAAAUGGAAGCUAUAAAUAUCGAAAAUAUUUUUCCCGCGUUGUGUGAAACUCCGGCGACUCAAAUGUCCUCAAAAGAGUUCCAAAGGACGCUGUACUCCUGGUUCGAAGAAAGGGGUUUAGUCACCGAUCUUCGUUCCUAUCUUCGGGUUUUGAUGAUCAACGAACUCAGAAACAGAACAGUGGGUAAAAUCGACUCUAAAACGAACUUCUCGCUGUCUAAGCAAGCUUUCAGUCUCCUAAUCGCUGAACAUUUAUUGCGAGAAGGGUGCCACUAUACGUUAUCAGUUUUUAGUACUGAAGUACCUGCAGUGGCUAACCAGUUGCCAUUUUCUUUACUCGAGGCGCACUCUCACAACGAAAUGUGGCACUUUGACGAAGAAAGCUUACUAAACGUGCUAGAACUGAUCGGAGUCUCGAAAGGUAGCAGCGAAAGUCUCAGAAUCGCGUCGUUGUACUUUAAAAAUAAAGACUCACUAUUGACGUGUUUAGUGAGUUCUAAAAGUGUGGCAGGGCAGGACUUACCUAUCGAUAACGAACGAGACCUUGUGAAAAUUUUAACGGUACUGGGGGUCCCGGGGAACAUGGCAGACAACAUAAAGAAAAACAUUGAAGAGGGGUUCUCCCACCAGAUUCCCCAAGACAGGAAAAAUUUGGAAGAAAUACAAAACGUAUUAAUUGAACGCAAUCGCCAAAUCAAACUUCUACUAGACGAGCAAAUAUUGCAAAAAAAAGACAACAAAAAAGUGAAAUGUGAGUUGAAGGAGACCCGGAAACGUCUCAAGCAAGCGCUCUUAAAAGAACAAAGCUUGAACCUGAAGGAGACCGAAAUUAGGAAGAAACUGGAUGAGGUAACUAGGUUGCAGCGCAGCUUGGAGAGGACUUUUAGCAGAGGGAAGGUUGACGUUUGUUCGUUGAAACACUGUACAGAGUCGUGCCAAUCUAUAGUUAGCGUGAAUGACGAACUGAGAAACGAAAUCAAGCAACUAGAACAGGAUCAUAAGGGCAAAAGUCGCGAGAUUCAGCAUCUGAAUGCACAAAUCGUGUCCUUGACGAAAGAUCUGCACAACGCGAAGUCGAAUAUCGAGUUUCUGAAUAGCUGUUUGCUGCGGUCCAGUCAAAUCGGUUUGCAACAAGGAGAUGCGCGUUCUCCCUCUAGCGACGACACUUCCGAGAACCUGACCGGCGAGAUCCUAAAACAAGUGCGCUCGAAGCUGCAGCAGCUCGAACGCGAGAGCGACGAACUCGACGUAAAGUUUAAGAAAUUAAAAAUGAAAGAUUUUGUUACAAAAUAGUUUAUAUCACUCACGUGAAACAAUUAACAAAAUAGAAAUGUUUGUACAAAGUAUAAUACAUAACUAUAUAAAUUGACACUCAAUAUUAGUUUUUUAGGCACAAC